AUGUCAGGUCUGGAAAUGCAAACCUUCGAGUCUGCAGAGGUCUUGAAAUAUGUCGAGAGCAUAAGGGCUGCGGCAACACCAGAGAGACCAGCUCUUGCUUCGGACAGGGGUCGUUGGGCAAUGGCUUGGCUCCAUCUCGUUAUAUGGAACUCUUGGAAGAGUGCAUAUUUCUACGCAGACAAGUACCCAGAGGGUGACUUGCAGAAUUAUCUCGAAUAUGCCUUACUUUCCGCUUCGUUCUUAGCUGAACACCAUGACGCCGAAGAGUCUGCUCUAUUCCCUGCGCUCGAGAAGAAGAUCCCUGGUUCCAUGGAGCACAACGAAGCUCAACAUCAAUCAUUCCUGAAGCCACUCGAGGAACUCAUAGAAUACAUAAACCUGGCCAAAGCGGAGGGAAAACUCGACAGCGCUACUUACCGUGCAAAGGUCGAUUCUAUCCUAGUCCCUGUUAUGCAACAUCUAGCGGAAGAGCUAGACUCACUUGAAGGAUCCAAGCUCCUCGAGCAUUUCUCGGAAAGUGAAUUGGACACAAUCAACAAGGCGACGCAUAAAGCGCAACAAGGCGAUAACCACAAGAUGCUUCCUUUCGUUCUUCAGAACCUUCCUCCUGGUUCACCAUUCCCGCCCGCACCUGGGUUCGUCAAGACUUUGCUUGGUCCGUGGGUGUUCUAUUGGAAAUAUAGUGAACUGUGGAAGGUAAGCACAUGUACAUACUGCUCGUUUUGA